UUCUGCUUUCUAUCAAUGCACCUCCAGUCUGCCUUUCAUUAGGAUGCAGCAGUUUUCAGCACUUCUGAUAGAUGCUAGCUGAGGGGGGGAAAUGAAGAAAUGAUGGCACAGCAUGAAGACAAAUCGUAGCUUUCGGAAACACACUGCAGCUUUUCAGAUGGAAGAAUAUUGAAGAGGCGACGGUGCAAUAAGCCGGUUUGCUGGUGAAAUAACAUCACAAGUUUAUUGACCAACUGUUGAUACCAUUUAGAGAUGGAGGUUUUUUUUCUCGUCUGAAUCUGCUUUUUCUUCUUGGAAAGAAACCACCAGGAGUAACAAAGAUACAGGAGUAAAUUACUCACACUAAUGUUCACUCUCAAUUUAGAUUAUUCUUCUAGAGGUUUUUAAAUGAUUCAAAAUGAGCACGUAUAAAAAGAACAGCUUUUUCCCCAUUGGCCCAGUGUCUUCAUCCCUGAUGUGUACCAGUGCCACGGCCACCACAGGAGACAAGCCGGGACCUACGGCUAAAGGGGCUUUCUACUCUGAGGGUGACGAGCACAAAGAGAAGAGCCAGCAGCAGCCCUCUUUGGCCCAUGUGGUGGAGGAGUUCUUCUGGAUAGGCAACAGCAUUGUGGCAUUCUCCAAAUGGAGGCUCGGUUACAUGGUGGAGAAAUGUAUGAGCUCCAUGCAGAUGGGAACCCAGAUGGUGAAGCUACGCGGUGGCUCCAAGGGACUGGUGAGGUUCUUCUUUCUGGACGAACACAAGUCCUGCAUUCGUUGGAGACCCUCGCGCAAGAAUGAGAAGGCCAAGAUCUCCAUCGACUCCAUCCGUGAGGUGUGUGAGGGGAAACAGUCUGAGAUCUUCCAGCGCUACUCUGAAGGCAGCUUUGACCCCAACUGCUGUUUCAGCCUCUACUAUGGAGAGCAUGUGGAGUCUCUGGACCUGGUGUCUGGCACUGGAGAGGAGGCACGGACCUGGAUCACCGGCCUCAAGUAUCUCAUGGCGGGCAUCAGUGAUGAGGACAGCCUGGCCAAGAGACAGCGCACCCGUGACCAAUGGCUGAAGCAGACCUUCACGGAGGCUGAUAAGAACGGUGACGGCAGCUUAAGCAUCAGCGAGGUCCUGCAGCUCCUGCACAAACUCAACGUCAACCUGCCCCGACAGAAAGUCAAGCAGAUGUUUAAGGAGGCUGACACGGAUGACAACCAGGGCACUCUGGACUUCGAGGAGUUCUGCUCCUUCUACAAGAUGAUGUCGACCCGCAGGGACCUGUACCUCCUCAUGCUCACCUACAGCAAUCACAAAGAUCACCUCAACACGGAUGACCUGGCCCGUUUUAUGGAGACUGAGCAGAAGAUGACCAAGGUGACUAAAGAGCACUGUCUGGAGAUUAUCAACAAAUUUGAGCCGUGCUCUGAGAACCAGAAGGAAGAAGUUUUGGGAAUCGAUGGUUUCACAAAUUACAUGCGCAGCCCAGCGGGCGACAUCUUCAACCCGGAACACUACAGCGUGAACCACGACAUGAACCAGCCGCUGUGCAACUACUUCAUCGCUUCUUCACACAACACGUAUCUGAUGGGCGACCAGCUGAUGUCACAGUCCAGGGUGGACAUGUACGCCUGGGUGCUGCAGGCCGGCUGUCGCUGUGUGGAAGUGGACUGCUGGGACGGUCAGGACAACGAGCCCAUCGUCCAUCACGGCUACACCCUCACGUCCAAGAUUCUCUUCAAAGACGUUAUUGAGACCAUCAACAAAUAUGCCUUUGUCAAGAACGACUACCCAGUCAUCCUUUCCAUCGAGAACCACUGCAGCGUCCCCCAGCAAAAGAAAAUGGCCCUGUACCUGAUUGAGAUCCUGGGGGACAAACUGGACCUGUCCAACAUCAAGGCAGAUGAGUCUGGACGGCUGCCGUCGCCAGAAGCUCUCAAGUGCAAGAUCCUUGUUAAGGGGAAGAAACUCCCUCCGAACAUAGACGAGAAUGCAGAGGAAGGAGACGUCUCAGAUGAGGACAGUGCUGAUGAGAUGGAGGACGACUGCAAGCUGAUGAAUGGAGACUGGAAGACGUCUGCCAACAGAAAGCAGGUGGAGAACAUGGCCAAGAAGAAGCUUGACAACCUGAUGAAGGAGUCUAAGAUCCGAGACAGAGAGGACCCAGACAACUUCACCAUCACAGCACUGCCUCCGUCCGGGAAGCCCACGGCCAAAACUCGCUCCAAGGGUAAAAUUGAGGAUGGCACGGACACAGCGGAUGAAGCUAAUCCCAGCAGCAACAAGCAUACAGCACGCUCCUUCAUCGGGACCUUCUCAAAACGCAAGAAAAAGACGACCAAGCUGAAGAAGACAUCAAGCUUUGAAGACACGGACACAGACCCAGAGAGCUCAAGUAGCGCCUCCCGUGCCCCUUUACACCACAGCAAAAAGAAGAAGACCAUGAAGUUGUCCAGAGCUCUAUCUGAUCUGGUCAAAUACACGCGGUCUGUGGGUCUUUAUGACAUCGAGGCUCAAGGCCUGGCAGCAAACUGCAGCUGGCAGGUGUCGUCGCUCAGUGAGACCAAAGCUCACCAAUUGAUGCAGCAAAAAGCUAUAUCCUUCAUCCAGUUCAACCAGCGGCAGCUCUCCCGCAUCUACCCUUCCUCCUACCGUGUGGACUCCUCCAACUUCAACCCACAGCCCUUCUGGAACGCUGGCUGCCAACUCGUUGCACUCAACUACCAGUCAGAGGGCCGCGUCCUGCAGCUCAACAGAGCCAAGUUCUACAGCAACGGCAACUGUGGCUACAUCCUGAAGCCGACCUGCAUGUGUGAAGGUGCUUUUAACCCAAACCUGGAGGACCCGAUGCCAAGUCAGAUGAAGAAACAGCUGGUGUUGAAGAUCAUCAGUGGACAACAACUGCCUAAACCCAAAGACUCGAUGUUAGGAGACAGGGGAGAGAUCAUUGAUCCCUUCGUAGAGGUGGAGAUCAUUGGCAUCCCAGUGGACUGCUGCAAGGAGCAGACCAGAGUCGUGGAUGAUAAUGGGUUCAACCCAAUGUGGGAGGAGACUCUGGUGUUUAUGGUCCACAUGCCGGAGCUGGCUCUAGUGCGUUUCCUGGUGUGGGACCAUGACCCCAUCGGCCAGGACUUUAUUGGCCAGCGCAGCAUUGCCUUCAAUAGCAUGAUGCCAGGUUAUCGUCAUGUGUACUUGGAAGGUAUGGAGGAGGCGUCAAUCUUUGUGCAUGUAGCUGUGCAUGACAUCACUGGUAAGGCCAGAGCAGCCAGCGGCAUAAAAGGGCUGUUUCACAGAAACCCAAAGCAGGCUUCCCUGGACAGCCAUGCUGCUGCACAGCACAGCCGUAAGCACCCAUUUGGUGCUCACCUCCUGCGCCGCACUGCCAGCGCGCCCACCAAAGGCCAGCCCAAAGUCAAAAAGGGCUUCCCAGAGAUCACCAUUGACACCAAAGACUACAGCUCAGAAGGGCCUAGUGAGGAGCGAGAGUCUGACGACCGGGACAAGGCCUCAGCUACCGCCUCUCACCAGGCUACACCACCUCAACACCGCCCCGGGGAUUCAUUGGCUUCUCAUCAAGCCAAGGGGCCCAGGGACCAUCCUGACACUAAUGGGGCUUUUCAUCCUGAGGAGGGUAAAGUCUGUUCAUCAGUGCAGAGGUCAGCUCACCAUCAUCAUCUUGUGCUGAACACUGAAGACCCCAAGAACACACAUUUCAUCCGCUCUGUCUCCACUCCAAAAGAGAGCCCAAUUUCCCAUCUUGCUUCAGCUACACCACGAAAGGCGCCAUCCAUAGCAAUAACUGCAGAUGCCCCAUUAACUGUUACUUCAAAUGGGGAAGUGGUGGACAGUCCUAUCAGGAUGAGUGGUGACCCUAUGAAACCGCCUCCCCUCUCCAGGGCCCUGUCUCUCCCAACAAACCCUGCUGAGAAAAUUGUCACAUCCCAGUUUAGUCAAGACAUGCAGACCCAGAGAAGUACCCAUUCAUUCAUGGAGAACUCAACAAAGCAGGGGGAGAAACAGGAAACUGUGCCAGAAAAAAAAAGUGAUACAUCACAGUUGAAGUUGGACCACAGAGCGGAGGCUCUCGCUGUAGCAGCGUCCACUAGAACCCCCGCAGGCUCUGCAGCUCAGACAGUCCAGGCCAGGAGAGCACUUUUCACCAACCUAGCGUCACACACACCGGUAAGAAGAACAAAGAGUGAAGGUCAAGUUCUGGUGGCUGUAGCCUCAGCUGACCACGCCCAGUCAGCUGUACCAGAGGUCAGCACAGAUGCUACCAUGAACGACCGCCUUUGGAGAAAGCUGGAACCGAGUAGCCACAGAGACAGCAUGUCCUCCUCCUCUAGCAUCUCUUCCAGUGACACAGUCAUUGACUUGUCCCUGCCCAACCUGGCCAGGAAAAGCCUCACUAGCCUGCCCACAGCCAGCAGCACCUGCGCCUCUCCCUGGGUCAACUGCCGUCACUCAGCCUUACUCCCCUACGAUACUCUGCUCAUUAGCAAGAGCAAGUCAAACCCCAAUCUUCAGCAAAGUCAGACCCCCAGAGAUGAGCUUAACCCCCGGCCCCUUCAGCAGUCACAGGAGGCUUCUCUGGACUCGCCAAACAGGCUGACUCAAAGGAGGCACACCUGGAGCCGCCUCUACAUGGAAGGACUCAAGCAGUCAUCAGCCAAGAGGCCUUCCUCUGCAGCUACAACCCCAACAGCUACAACAUCCAUGUCCAAAAGUCUCGGGGAUCUGACCUCUGAUGACAUCUCCUGCAACUUUGACAGCAAGUACCGCAGCAUCAGCCGCAGCUUCAUCGUUAGGCCAGCCAGGGACCAGCUCCGCAGAGGCAGCCCGCACAAGUCUCGUCCACAAAGCGACCUGACGGAACAACUACGGAAGCUGACUGAUGUGGAGCCUCUGAGUGCUAGUGACUUUGCCCAAGAAAACAAGCAGAGCGCUUCCCAGGAGGAGCCUGUGGAUGAGACCUUGGUGCGCAGGACCUCCUCGAGGAGCCAAAGCAGGGUGCGUUACAUUGCAAACAGGGCCAAGAAGGCCCAGGAACGGCAGAGGCUCCAGAGCCUGGCUCAGGGCAGAAGUGCAAGCUUUAGCCGCGCUGGUAGCAUUGGCAGUGGAGGUUAUGCUAGUCCCAUUGAAGAGCGAGGGAACCCCGAAGGGGCAUGUUGCGUGGCCCGCAGCCCCUGCACCAGCCUGGACCUGCUGAGUCAGCUCGCCCCCCCAGAAUGCCCCUCUCCCAGACAGUCCCAGUCCUCCCCAGACCCUGAAAACAGUGAAGUCUUUUUUAUGUUCAAACUCUGAGAACAGGCUGAGUUGGAACUGAGCGUGAGAGACACAGCUAGAAACUUGUUUGGGAAACUCUCCAGUUUUUUUUCCUCAUUUUAUUAUCUUUUUUUUUCUUUUUUUUAUUUGCAUAUCUUACAGAAUGUCUCACGGCAGACUGGUUCAUAAUGGAGGUCAUCUCAACAUCUCAUUUAUUUCCUGAAUUAGUAACCCUUCAGUCUGUCGUCUUGAGUUUGUUGGAGAUGUAUUUUAUAACCCGUGCAUUCAGAAAACACUGUCUCGAACAUAAUGGAGGGUUCAUUUUAAAUGCAACUACUGCAGCUCUGUCAUUUGUUUGCACCAAAUGUUAGAAAAACUGUCUGAAUGUAUUUAGUGAAAAUCUACCAGGAAUUUUAUAUGGCUGUUGAUGUUGACUGUGAUCUUUUCUCAUGUUUGAGAAUUUUUUUUAACUUUACAUGAGCAUACAGAACCAACGGAUCACAAUUAUUAGGAAAACAUGAUUUUAAAUGACACAUUCUUUUUUUAUUUUCUCAAUCACUCGCAAUAUUUUGAAAACAAUGGCAUGGUGUCAUGUUUAAGAUAAUGUACAGUUUGAUGCUAAAAGCUGAGCCUCGUCUCACGUCUUUGAAAAAAAAAAAGGAAAGCAACUUUUCCUACACUGCAGGACAAUGGUCUUCAUUUUUGGUAUUCUCUGUGUCGUGGUUACAUUGUAAUUUGACUCAGCUGCCAAUAUUUUUGCUAACCUUUCUGACCUGCAGCAUGUCACAGCACUGAGCUCCCGUACUUUAAAGCAGUAGAAGACACUGAUUUUAGCCCUUUUAGUUGACUGCAUGUCUUUUAUGCACUGUAACGUUUAUCCUGAGGCUGUGCUUUGUUUUACAAAGUCGUUUUUCUUUUUUUAAAUUUGUUAAUAUUCCAAACUUUAUUGGAUCAAGAGCAUCACGUCCAAACACCCACAUGUUCGUUCCCAUCCGUCUGUAGCACUAAAACACGAUGGCAAUGAUCUGUAUCGAAAGCACGUUUACUUGUCGACCUGCUGUAUUGUUUGCACUGCCAUGCCAGUUCUUUGUGCAAAAACCCUAGGGAAUAAUAUUUAAUUCAAACGGUGUACAAAUAUGACCUGAAUAAAUCUCAAAUGAAUAUUAA